AUGGCUAACAAUAACCAACCUCAAAACCCCCCACCACAAACCACCGAAACCAAGCCUCUUCACCCUGUUUGUUCUGUUACUAACAUCCAGAAUAAGAUCCGAACACUCGACGGUGACAAAGUCACCUAUUCCUGCUGGGUGAAACUCUUCAAGCUUCAUGCCCACGGGUUUGAUGUCUCGAAUCACAUCAACGGUAUUGAACCUCCGCCCAAAUCUGAUUCGUCUUACGAGACGUGUUCCAAAAUCGAUUCCAUCGUCCUUUACUGGAUAUAUGGAACGAUUUUCGACAACUAUCUGGGUCGUAUUCUGGAGUCCAAUUCCACUGCUCAACAGGCUUGGGAUCGGCUCCGUGAUAUCUUUCUGAACAAUAAAAACUCCCGUGCAGCCACUCUAGAACACGCCUUCACAACCACAACAAUGGCUUCGUGUUCUUCCAUGAAUGAUUAUUUUCAGCGAAUGAAGGAUCUGGCCGAACAGUUGAAAGAUGUGGGUCACCCGGUUUCUGAAUCACGUCUUGUUUUACAGAUGCUUACGGGACUCCCGCAAGAGUACGAUACCGUCGCAUCGUUUAUUACUCAAGCUGACAAGUUGUGGGAUGAUGCUCGUGAAAUGAUUGACUGGGAACAACGCAGGCAGGCCGCUCGUCAACAGGUAUCUCACACCACAUAA